AUGAGAGCAGCAGCAGCAAGCCGACAUCUCCUCCUCCGCUCCACGCGACCAACAAGCGGCCUCCUUCUUCGCCGACCAUGUCCCUCGUCACCUACACAGCAGCGUCUGGCCAUUACCAUUCCCACUUCGACUACUACUACUACUACCUCUUCUCUCUCCUCAAUCUCUCGCCGCGCUCCUUUCUCCACCACCUUCCCCAAACCCAAGGGUCUGCAACCUCACAGCGACGACCCAAACCCGCCCAACACGGAACCAUCGCAUGGCCCUGGCAGCACGCCGACGGGAGCAGCGCAGAUCUCGGAUUCCGAGUACCACGAGAUCGCCGACCAAUAUCUGAACACGCUGGUGUUGGCCAUGGAAGAGCUCGCGGAGAGUAAUUCGGAAGGUAUAGAGGCGGAAUUCUCGGCCGGCGUCCUCACAAUCACCCACCCCAAACACGGCACGUAUGUAAUCAACAAACAACCGCCCAACAAACAGAUCUGGCUGUCCUCGCCCGUCUCCGGCCCCAAACGUUACGACUGGGUCGUCCCGGGUGACUCGCAGCACGAAAAGGCCGACUCGACCGUCGACUUGGGCGACGACGGCCAGAGCGGCGGCAAGUGGAUCUACCUGCGCGACGGGAGCAAUCUGAGCGACCUAAUCAAGAAGGAGUUGGGCGUCGAGUUGCGGCACGGAGGCGAAAGCGAGAGUGAUGUGAACCAAGGCCGAGAGGGGCCUGCGAAGAGUGGAGCCAGCACGGAACCAUAG